AUGGCGGGACAGGAGCUGGCGGCGGGGGUCGCGGUGCCAGCGCGAUGCAACCGCCCCAAGGACGUGGCCAACGCGCACAUCGAUGUGGGCAACAACACGCUGCUCAACACCCGCCUGCGCUACACCUGCAACCCGGGCUACAAGCGCAAAGCCGGUACCUCCAGCCUCAUCCAGUGCAUCCUUCGCGACGGCUCCACCGAGCCCGACUGGACCGAGACCACGCUGCAAUGCAUCCGGGAUCCGGCUCUACCUUCACUAACCCCCAGCCCUGAGCUCCCGACGGCACCGUGCACUAAGAGGACGACCCAGAGGGGAACCACUGAUGCCAGCCCGACCUCCAGCCCCUUUCCAGCAGCAAUGCCCGGGCUGCCAGGAGCUGCCAGCCGGUCACCCGUGCUCCAGCCACCACCGGAGACAUCCACGCUGCCAGAGAUGCCCCCACCACUAGGAGGGGGAACGGCCCCGGGGACAUCUCUGGAGACAACCCCGCUGCCCACCAUCUCCAUGGACCAUGCCGCAGUUUCCAUCCAGACCCUGGCCUCUUCCAUUGGGCUCCCAGUGCUGGUGGUUGCCGGCAUCGUGGCCUGCUGCUGCUGGAGGAUGAAAAUGCGUGCGGGGCAGGACUAUGUGGUGACAGCCAUCCCCAUGGUGGCUCCCGCUGCUGAGAACGAGGAGAUGUUGCCGUCCGUCAUCUUCCCCAUGGGCUGA